AUGGAUGACAGGUGCUACCCAGUGAUCUUUCCAGAUGAGCGGAAUUUCCGUCCCUUCACUUCUGACACUCUGGCUACAAUUGAGAAGAGGAUUGCCAUCCAAAAGGAGAAAAAGAAGUGCAAAGACCAGACAGCAGCAGAACCCCAGCCUCGACCUCAGCUUGACCUAAAGGUCUCCAGGAAGUUGCCCAAACUCUAUGGUGACAUUCCCCAUGAGCUGAUAGCAAGGCCCCUGGAAGACUUGGAUCCAUUCUACAGAAAUCAUAAGACAUUUAUGGUGUUGAACAAAAAGAGAACAAUCUACCGCUUCAGUGCCAAGCGUGCCUUGUUCAUUUUUGGGCCUUUCAAUCCAAUCCGAAGUUUAGCCAUCAAAAUCUCGGUCCAUUCAGUGUUCAGCAUGUUCAUCAUCUGCACCGUCAUCAUCAACUGUGUGUUCAUGGCCACUGCCUACGGGAAAGAAAACAGCAAUAUAGAUACCGACAAUGCUGAGUAUGUCUUCACUGGGAUUUAUAUUUUUGAAGCUUUGAUAAAAAUAUUGGCAAGAGGUUUUAUUCUGGAUGAGUUUUCUUUUCUUCGAGAUCCAUGGAACUGGCUGGACUCCAUUGUCAUUGUAACAGCGUUUGCAACAUACAUACCAGAAGCCAGGGAAAGCAUCUUUGGUCUGUCAUCCCUGCGUACCUUCCGAGUGUUCAGAGCUUUGAAAGCAAUUUCAGUGGUUUCAGGUCUGAAGGUCAUUGUUGGGGCCUUGCUGCGCUCUGUGAAGAAGCUUGUUGACGUGAUGAUCCUGACUCUCUUUUGCCUCAGCAUCUUCACCCUGGUAGGUCAGCAGCUCUUCAUGGGAAGUCUGAACCAGAGAUGUCUCCAUAAUGACUGUAGGAAUAUCGAUAACCCUGAUGACAGUUGCUUUGAAAAGAAAAAUUCCUCUGAAUUCAGAAUGUGUGGCAUCUGGAUGGGUAACAGCGCCUGUUCUGAAAAUUUUCAAUGCACACACACCAAAAGGAAUCCUGACUAUAAUUAUACCAAUUUUGACAACUUUGGCUGGUCUUUUCUUGCCAUGUUUCGGCUUAUGACCCAAGAUUCCUGGGAGAAGCUUUAUCAACAGACCUUGCGUACCUCAGGGCUCUACUCAGUUUUCUUCUUUGUGGUGGUCAUCUUCCUGGGCUCUUUCUACCUGAUGAACUUAACCCUGGCUGUUGUCACCAUGGCUUAUGAGGAACAGAACAGAAAUGUAGCUGCUGAGACAGAGGCCAAGGAGAAGAUGUUCCAGGAAGCCCAGCGGCUGCUGAAGGAGGAGAAGGAGGCUCUGGUUGCCAUGGGAAUUGACAGAAGUUCACUUAAUUCCCUUGAAGCAUCAUCUUUUUCCCCAAAGAAGAGAAAGCUUUUUGGUAAAAGGAAAAGAAAGUCCUUUCUUUUGAGAGACUCUGGGAAAGACCAGCCUCCAGGAUCAGAUUCUGAUGAAGAUUCCACAAAAAAGCCACACAUCCUAGAGCAAACCAAACGACUAUCCCAGAAUCUGUCAGUGGAUUACUUCGAUGAGCAUGGGGACCCCUUCCAAAGACAGAGGGCCCUGAGCGCUGUCAGCAUCCUCACCAUCACCGUGCAGGAACAAGAAAAAUCACAGGAGCCUUGCCUCCCAUGUGGGGGAAACCUGGCAUCCAAAUACCUCGUAUGGAACUGUAGCCCCCAGUGGGUGUGCAUUAAGAAGGCCCUGACAACCGUGAUGACUGACCCAUUUACUGAGCUGGCCAUCACCAUCUGUAUCAUCAUCAACACUAUCUUCUUGGCCAUGGAUCAUUACAACAUGCACCGGAGUUUUGAUUCUAUGUUGCAUAUAGGGAAUUUGGUUUUCACUGGCAUUUUCAUGGCAGAAAUGUGCCUAAAAAUUAUUGCGCUUGAUCCCUACAACUACUUUCGCCGAGGCUGGAACAUUUUUGACAGCAUUGUUGCUCUUCUGAGUUUUGCAGAUGUGAUGAACAGUACAGUUGCAGGGAAAAAAAAAAGCCUGCUGUUUUUCCGUCCCUUAAGAGUGCUGAGAGUCUUCAAGUUAGCCAAAUCCUGGCCAACUUUAAACAUACUGAUAAAGAUAAUUGGCCACUCCGUUGGAGCCCUGGGAAACCUGACCGUGGUCCUGGCUAUUGUGGUCUUUAUUUUCUCAGUGGUUGGCAUGCAGGUCUUUGGCUCUAAAUUCAAUUCUAUAAAGAGCAAUAAAACAUCCUGUGGCCCUACAGCCCCAUGUUUACGACGGUGGCACAUGGGGGAUUUCUACCAUUCCUUUCUAGUGGUAUUCCGCAUCCUCUGUGGGGAAUGGAUUGAAAACAUGUGGGAAUGUAUGCAAGAAACAAAUCAAGCACUGUGCAUUGUCGUCUUUCUGUCAAUCAUGGUGAUAGGAAAACUUGUGGUGCUCAACCUCUUCAUUGCCUUGCUGCUCAAUUCCUUCAGCAAUGAGGAGAGAGAUGGAAACUUGGAUGGAGAGUCCAAAAAAACCAAAGUCCAGUUAGCCCUGGGUCGGUUCCACCGUGCUUUUUGCUUCGUAAUACAUACUCUUCAGCAUUUUUGUCACAAGUGGUGCAGGAGUCAAAACUUACCAAGGCAAAAAGAGGGGACAGGAGGCCCUGCUGCCAAAAGCAAAGACAUCAUUCCACUGGUCACAGAGAUGAAAAAGGGCCCAGAGACGAGGGAGCAGCAUGACCGGACCUGGUUGGCCCCACUCGCAGAGGAAGAGGAUGGUUUUGAAUCUCCUGGUGAAAAUAAUGCACAGUGGGCCACACAACUUGAGGCUGGAAAACAG